CAUAACCUUUAAGGAUAUUAUGGGUUCGUAUCCACAGUGAAACGUCGAGUAAUGUCGUGUUGUUUAUGUUUUUGAUGUAUUUACUGCAAAGGUGUUGAACCUCCAAUUGAACAACAACCUAAAUGUGAUCCAACGAAUUGCUUUUCGGUAAACAUCUGCGAAAAUGGCAAACAGCAAAUUCGAUUACGUUCGAACAUUUGAACUGGAUGACAAAAUAAUUCCGAACGUUUGGAUUGUGGUACGAAUUGAUGGCAAAGCAUUUCACAAAUUCUCAGACAAACAUCAAUUCGUUAAACCGAAUGAUGAUCGAGGUUUAAAUCUGAUGAACCAUGCCGCUACCACAGUGAUGCAGGAAUUCUGUGAUAUUGUCCUGGCGUACGGACAAAGUGACGAGUAUUCGUUUGUCUUCCACAAAUCAACAAAUUUGUACAAUCGCCGGUCCGCUAAGAUUAUGUCAAAUGUUUGCAGUCUUUUCACUGCAUCCUACUGUUUCAAUUGGGCGAAAUGGUUCGACUCGGACAAAUUGAAAUAUCCGCCCAGUUUCGAUGGGAGAAUAGUGCUGUAUCCAUCGGAUCAGAAUUUGAAAGACUACCUCAGUUGGAGACAGGCAGACGUGCACAUCAACAAUUUAUAUAACACGGCGUUUUGGAAUUUAGUUCUUAAGGCGGGAUUGACCAAUGCACAGGCUGAAGCUGAACUCCGUGGCACGUUCUCAGCCGACAAGAAUGAGUUGCUGUUUUCCAAAUUCGGAAUCAAUUACAAUAAUCUGCCAUCCAUGUACCGGAAGGGAACCACUUUACUGCGGAAGAAAGUCCAAGCCGAAGGAAUGAAAAAUGCAAAACAGUUUAUCGUACCGCUCCAUGUGGACAUGAUACGUGAGAAAUUCUGGACGGAUCACAGCGAAAUUUUGGAUAAAACAACGCCGCAAGCUUACGAAUUUGAGAAGAAUGAAGACGAUAGCACCACCAUUCCUAGGCUAGUUCAAAUGCAAGUCGAUAAGAAAAUAUAGAUUUUUGUUUCAAUUGU